AUGUCCAAAGUCGACACUGGCGCAGCUCCUCCCCAGGCAGGCGACUGGCCUCCAGGCUACGUCCCUGGCCAAGGCUUCGUGGAAAAGCCCCAGGCCCCAGGAUCACAGAGCGUGGUCCCCCAGGAUCCCUUUGUCGAUCGUCCUCAGGACAGCCACAGCGGUGCAACCGCAGGCACUCCCAGUGGCGCUCCCAACGACGCUCCCAAUGGCGCAGCUGGUCUGGAGCCAGUCGACAGGACCAUAGUCCCCAUCGAGAAGCUGGACGUCAGGCCACAGUGGGUGCACUGCCCUCAUUGCAACCAGGACACACAGACCCGGAUACAAGGCCGCAGCGAGGGCAAGGCCAAGUUCAUGGACGUGUUCUGGUGGCCUCUGCCCAACCGCAGGCACUGGUGGGAGAAGACGCACUGGUACUGCCUCAAGUGCGACAAGGAGCUCGCCAUGCAAAAGUAUGGCAAGGAACUGCAGAUCACGGCUCAGGAGGCCCAAAAAUGA